AUGAAAGCGCUUAUUGUCCUGGUACUCAUCUGCAGCACAGCACGCGGACAACGUAAGCUUACAAGAGAUAUCACCACUGAAUUAGAUGUGUACGCGUCGCUACGACCCUUCUUGUUGGCGGAAUGUAUUGUUCAGUGUGCCGGAAGCACUAGCUGUAAAUCGGUACUUCUCGAAGAGAAAACGAAAACUUGUUUUCUUAACAGAAACAUCGCAAAGACACAUUUAAUUGGGAUAAAUGGAUUCCAGUACAGCGAGAAGUACGAUCCAGCAAAACCGCAGCAGUUUGUAUGCGAGUUUCAGAUAUACUUGUUUAUAUAUAAAGGUCAUCUUCCAGAUACAAAACCUUUAACGUCGCCAUCACAUACAGAAAUUGCAACACCACAAACAGCAAUGACAACAUCUGGUACAAAACUAACACCAGGAACGACGACAGCAUCUAGUACAAACCCAACAACAACGUCCAAAACAAUGUCUGUUUUAAUAACAUCCGGUAAGACAGCAACAUCAACAACAUCCAGUACAACACCUUCUACGACCGAACCACCACCACUUGGGACGACAUUAUCAAAUUUCGACACAAAAAUCGAACAGCUAACUACUACUCACCAGUAUUGUCCUCCAAACUAUGGUGAAAUCUCUAAAUUUUAUCCACCUAUAUGCUACCGUAUCGAAAUGACAACACCAUCCCCCUUUCAAGUAGCCAAGACGGUCUGCGAGGCAGAGCACGCCAUUUUGCUACUUCCUGAUAGUCGUGAAAGGCUUGAUGCAGUGAAAAAAGUUAUUUAUACUGCUGCCAAAGGAAUCACAUCGCCUCACAUGAUUUGGAUUGAUGCUCGGCGCAGUUCAGCUCAAGGCACAUGGAAAACAAGCGACCACUCUGAUUUUGAUUAUGACGAAUUUCUGAGGACACAAUGGGACGACCAAAAGACAGGUGACUGUGCCGGAAUGAAAUUCACACCACCGAGGAAUAUAUCCGGUUGGAUAGCUACUGACUGUUCCUUACCAGCUUGGUACAUCUGUACCCCGUCGGGCACUUAUGAUCAAUGGAGUUCAUAUUAUACGUAUGGAUGA